AUCACAUACCAUCGCCAUGGCCCCCAUACCACCAGACACCAACAUGAACCUCAACGGCGAGCUGAAAGACAAACACAGGCCCUACUGGACAAAAGUCAACAUCGCCCUAACCGCCGUCUUCGCCAUCCUCUUCCUCGCCCUCUUCCUCGGCGCCCUCUCCUUCUGCCUCUACCAUCGCUACCAAAAGAAGAAGCAACUCAACAAGCGCAAAUCAGACUCUGCCGGUCUGCUCGCCAACGAAGACAAAACAAGCAUGUUCAGUAGCAACAGAGCCAGCAGCGUCACACUCUACGUCGACUCGGACGCCGACGCGCGGAACAAGCGGUCAAGCACAGACACCAUGCAUCUUGUCCCGCUGCAAGUCACUCCUCCAGUAGAGGAGAUAAGAGAUCCCAUCGGCGAGAACAACAACAGCAACAGCAGCAACAACAACAACAGUAACAACAAUCUCGUCCUCAAUACGACUAGUUCAGGCAGUGGCGUCAGCUCCAUCAGCGGACAAACCAACACCACGCACCUCAGCCCCAUAUCCCGCACCGCAGAACACUUCGACACAGAUUCCAUCCGACCGUCCGGUCGUCCCCGCAGCAUAAGCACCACGUCGGGGCGCUCACGCUACUACGAACGCAUGUCCAUCGACACAGACAUGCCCUCUGUCCCCAAGAUUGUGCAUACAUCCUGGCAACAGUAAAACAGUCCCUGCUCUGGUGUCUUGGUCAAAUAACCCCCAAGUUUGCGUCAUUAUUCUGUUUGUUUUUUCCUUGUUGUAUUCCGCAUUGUUCCUGUACGUUAGCAUACCAU